CGGUUCUCCCAGCGCCCCUGCCGCGGGUCGCAGCAGCUCGGGCGGCGGAAGGAGCGGCGGAGGCCGGCAGCUCAGCUUCGUGGAGGAUCUCGGCGCGCCGCGGCCCGCAGCACCCGGCAAGCGCCCGCUCCGCCGCUAGGAUGCCCAAGAGGAAGGUCAGCUCGGCCGACGGCGCGGGGAAGGAGGAGCCCAAGAGGAGGUCGGCGAGGCUGUCAGCUAAGCCUGCUCCUGCGAAAGUGGAAGCGAAGCCAAAAAAGGCAGCGGGAAAGGAUAAGUCUUCGGACAAAAAAGUGCAACCAAAAGGAAAAAGAGGAGCAAAGGGAAAGCAAGCUGAAAUGGCUAACCAAGAAACUAAAGAUUUACCUGCAGAAAAUGGAGAAACUAAAAAUGAAGAGAGUCCAGCCUCUGAUGAAGCAGGAGAGAAAGAAGCCAAGUCUGAUUAAUCUCAUAUACCAUGUCUUAUCAGUGGUCCCUGUUUCUCCCUUCUUGUACAAUCCAGAGGAAUAUUUUUAUCAACUAUUUUGUAAAUGCAAGUUUUUUAGUAGCUCUAGAAGAAACAUUUUUAAGAAGGAGAUUGAAAUCCCACCUCAUCCAUUUUUUAAGUGUAAAUGCCUUUUUUUAAGAGGAGAAAUCAUUUGCUGGUUGUUUAUUUUUUGGUACAACCAGAAAAUAGUGGGAUAUUGAAUUAUGGGAGGCUUUGACUGUCUUGGUUGUCAACUUUAACAUUCCAUAGGGUGGGGGGUGGCAGUUUUUAUACCCUGUAAUACAACGCAUACUAAAUGAUGAUUUGGAGUCACAGUCUUGCAUUUAAUAUGUCUUGAACAUUUUAAAUUACUUCUAUUCCAAUGUUUUUAGUAGAAUUGUUUCUUAAAACUGCUCCCUGAUCUUGGCUAUCCCUGUCAGAACUGUGUGUGCUCUGUAACAUCUUUGGUUGUGGUCGUCCAGUUUUCCUAAUAACUUUGUUAUAUGCUGUGAAAGAUUGGAAAUGUGAGUAUUUAGUGUGUAUGAUAUUAAAUUGUGAAUUAGUGGGACUUAAUGAUGUAACAGCUUAUCAACAUUUGAAGAUAUUGGUACUUGAUAUCCUCUUAGGGAAAACUUGCCUCCAAAUUUUAAGCUGGAAAGUCACUGGAAUAACUUUAGACAAGAAUUACAACUCUAUGGCUUUUUAGAUUUUCGGUACAUACAUUAAUUGUGUACAGAUUGUUCAUAAUGUCUGUGUGCUGAUCUUCAGAACAACCAAUAAAAUCUCAAUUAUGAAA